AGUAAAAUGCAGAGCAGCGCUUACGGGGCCUCUUUGGCAGGCGGUGCUUUUGAUUUUCCGAGCUUUGUCAGACAGCCUCAGACCAUCCUGCGCUGCCUGAGCUGGUUAUUUGCCAUUGUGGUCUUUGCGACCAUCACAGCAGAAGGCUACAUUAACAAACCAUAUCAGGAAGAGACCAAGUGCAUGUUCAAUGUCGAUAGCGCCUGCAGCUACGGGGUGGGGAUCGGAGUCCUGGCCUUUUUGGCUUGUGUUGUCUUCCUCGUACUGGACGCCUACUUCCCACUCAGCAAUGCCAAAGAGAGAAAAUACAUUGUUAUAGGAGAUUUAGUCUUCUCAGCGGCUUGGACAUUCUUGUGGUUCAUCUGCUUCUGUGUCCUGGCCAACCAGUGGUCACACACUGACACUCACAUCCUCACUGUCCCUCAAGAUGCUGCCCGAGCUGUCGUGGCCUUCUCCUUCUUCUCAAUCAUCACCUGGGCUGCCUUGUCGUACUUUGCGUAUGCGAGGUAUCGCCAGGGUGUGAGUGAGUUUGACCAGGAGUACAGAGACCCAGCCAGCGACCACACCACCCCAUACCCGCCCGCCCCGUACGCCAGCGGCCCCACGGGCUACCAGCAGUCACCUUUCUCCCACAAUCAGGAGCAACCAGGGGAGUACCAGCCUCCAUCUUAUUGAAGGACUGAGAUUCAAACUCAUUUUCUUUUUACGUAAAGACGCGUGCCAAUGGUUUCAUUUACAACUCGGACUGUUCUCUGCACUCCGAUUUUCUUCCUGCAGAAGUUGUUUGCAUAUUUUUUGGGUGCACUGAUGUGUUUUUAGUUUGUUGCGUUGUCGUAGGUUGUUUGGUGAAUGUUUGAUGCGUUGUUCACAGUGCCACACACAGCAGGUUAAAAUGAAUAUUAUAUAAUAUUAUUUUGUCAGAAGGAGACUGUCUUGGUAAUAGAGAGGAUGACCGUGCCAUUGUUGCCUUUGUGCCAGAACACCUAUAGUUAUUCCAGUGCCCUGUUUGUUUCAGUUUUGAGUGAAAUUUGAGAGCUGUUAAUACAAAAAGCAACACUUAGGAUUUGCUUUGUUUUCUGGAAAUCUGCUUUGCAUUGUUUGCAUUGGACAAUUAAUUUUUUUAUGAAUAUGUUACUGUUUAGUACAUAUAUUUUCAUUACUGUCUAAAUUUAUUAGAGCAGUUGAAUGCUGAUAAUUAGCAAACAUUUCCUCUGGAAUGAUUCAUGCUCUUUGUUUUUUGACCAAAAACAAAUCCCUAUUAUUUAAUCAACGGGUGCAUUGAAAAUGUUCCCUCUCUUACUACUGUAAUGCCAUGUUUUUGUUAAUUUUUUAAAAUCAUCAACCACUGAAAAAUAGCUUUUUAUGCACUGACAAACACAGUUCAUUUCUUUGGCAGAAGUUAAUUGCCCUUAUCUGGUCUUAGAAUGUCAAUUGUAAUAGUUUAAAUCCAAUUCUGCUACAUUUUAGUUUAGUAUUUAAAGGUGUUUUGUUUUGUUCUGAGGUAGCCAAACCAUUCAUAUCAGCUACCUCUGUAGAUGUUCAGUGUGUCUUAUUGAGUUCAGUUACAGUUUUUACAAUUAAUUUAGCAAACUUUUGAUUUCAGGAAUUCAGUGAUUUUUGUGGUGAUUGACAUAUUUAUUCUACAUAAUCCUUUCAGUACAGGCGCAUGACAAUCAGAACAUAGUUUUUUUCCUACAUCACUUUUUUUCCUUCCGCUUUUCCAUGUUUCUCACACCGUAAUUGUACCUUUUUACGUGUUGCAGUUUUACUGUCAUGCUCACAGGCUUUACCAUAUUUCCCCAUUAAAGUGCCUUAUACAGUGUUCUGUAUAACACAAGGUUUGCCAAAUAAAAACUGAUCUCAUUUUGAA